UGUCUUCUUCCAAGAUCUCAGGUCUGAGUGAGUCUCCGGUGUACGUGUAUAUAUGUUACCUAUAACAUAUACAAUAUAUUGCAGAGCUGUUAAUCUCUUCCCCCCCUCCCCCCGCGAAAGGGGCCAAAGUCUUUAAUAAGAGUUACUCUAUAUGUGGAAGCAAAGAAAUCUUGCUUCAAGUGGAGCUGCAGUUUUGCUGAAUAAUCACGUGUGAGUUAGGGGCGGGCUCUUGGCAAGGAGGUUUUUUACGAGUAUUUACUACAAGGUCUUACUCCAGAAGAUUAACCAUCCCAAUCCUUCUGUCAGUCUCCGAUGCCAUGCCUGGUUAAAAAAAAAAAAAAAAAUCUCAUCUUUUUUCCGAUCGUCAGUCACCCUAAAGAAUGGCCGAGCCUUCUGGGAACGAGCUGGCGUCCGCGGCUGCCAAGGGGGACCUAGUGCAACUUACUAAUUUGUUGCAAAAGAAUGUAAACGUCAAUGCACAAAAUGGAUUUGGGAGGACUGCGCUGCAGGUGAUGAAACUCGGCAACCCCGAAAUCGCCCGGCGGCUGCUCAGUAACGGGGCGAACCCCAACCUGAAAGACAGUACCGGCUUCGCUGUCAUCCACGAUGUAGCCAGGGAGGGCUUUCUGGACACUUUGCAGACUCUGCUGGAGUUCAAAGCCGAUGUUAACAUCGAGGACAACGACGGCAACCUGCCCUUGCACCUGGCGGCGCAGGAGGGGCACGUCCGGGUGGUGGAGCUGCUGCUGGCGCGCUCCGAGUGCAAGGUGGGCCACCAGAACAAGCGCGGCGCCACCGCCUACGACCUGGCCAAGCUCUACCGGAGGGCAGCCGUGGUGGAACUCCUGGAGGCCAGCAGCUCCUUCCCCCCCAGCAUGGACUGAACCCCGCCAGGACGGGCUCUCCUUUGGACCUGAGGGUGUGCAGACUUCUUGGGGUGUUUCCCUCCUUUUUAACAACAUGUGUUGCCGCAUUACUUUUUUUUUUUUUUUCCUUCUGAACAGCUGGUAGUGUAAGUUUCAAGAAAUUCCAGAGGUGGGUUUUUAGACAAUGGAAACGUUUUAAAUCCAUGCUCCCAGCGGUUUCCUGUACCUUUCACUUCACACAGUACUCCCAGGCUCAUCCGUGUGUAUGUUGGUUGCUCAUAUCUAGUUUUCCAGUAUCAACUUUUACAAUUUAUUUUAGGUCAUUCGUAUCAAGUCAUUAAUACGAGAGCUACUAUUCACUUGCUUAAUAUUGCUGGACUUUUAAGGAAAGGAAAUAGUUUACUGUGAUUUCUCCCACCUCUCAAUGCAUCCCUCCCUUCUCCUCACUCCCCCCACUCCUUUCGGUCAGGCUCAAGAGUCUGAGGUCCUGUUUUAGAUAAAAACAUCCUUUAAAUAAGGGGUCACCUGCAGCCCCUGCACAGGCAGAGCUGGAAGUCAAAGGCUGCGUGGCCUGAGGACAGUGGAUGGCGCUUAGAUGCUUUAGGCAGUAACUGUAUUUUGUCACUAACAAGAGCUUGUAGAACUAGGUCACUUACUUUCUAAAUUUACAUGACACUUUUCCUCUUUGUGUAUUUAAACUUUCACCAAUCUGGUUUUGAAUUUAGUUACCAGAAACAGUAUAAGUGGUGUUUCUUCGAGUGCCAGAGGUUUUAAACAGCUCAGUUUAGUAGUUCGUGUUUACUGUGCACUGCAGAGGACGUUUUUUUUUUUUUUUUUUUCUAGUUUCAAAACAAGCAGCAGAGAACCAUUGUCAAAGAGGACACGAAAGCUGCAAUACAACACUUCUGGUCGCUUCAUCUGCUGAUUGCAGUUUAGAUGUUCUCUAAUAUUUGCUUUCCACCAACUAUUCUGUUUUGUCUGGAAAUAAACUAUUUUAAUGACA